AAAAUUAUUGUACUUAAGGAGCUCAUGAAAUAGUCCAGGACCUCCGUAAUUUCGAAUUCGGGAUACCCAUAAAUCAUUGAACACCACUUGAAAUAUUCCAGGACCUCCGUAAUUCGAAUUAAGGAUAUCCAUAAAUCAUUGAACACCACUUGAAAUAUUCCAGGGCCUCCAUAAUUGGAUUUCAGUAUAUUGACUGCCAAUAUAAUAUUAUUUUGUCAGAACUGUGGAACAUCUGUUGUUGCAGACCAUUCCAGUAACUCCUAGGAAUCAAGCCGUUCUUUUUAAUAAAGAAUUCUAAAAUUUCCCCGCACUUCCCUAUUUAAGGAAAGCUUUUCUGGCACAUGAAAUAAUCUAAGAUGCCCACUUCCCUUAGGCUAAUUGUUAGCGUUAAUCCAUCAAUAAAAUUUAAAUCCCACUAAUUACAUUCAUUAUCAAUAUUACUUAAUACCGUAAAAAAUUAAAUACCACCAGUUCAAUCAAGUUAUUUAAUAAACAACAUGGCGCAUGGGAGUUCCUAGCAACAAACAAUUGAUCUGUGACUAUUUUAAAUGUCAUUGAUAACUUAAAAUAUAUUUUCAUCCUAUAUGUUUAGAAAGUGAAAUUAAGGAUUAAAUGAAACGGGAUGAUUUGUCUGCGACGACCGACUGUAACUCGGUAUUCAGGAUGAAAGCUCUUGAAAUAACCGGAGAAAAUUUAGAGGAUCUUUUAGCCUAUGACGAUUUGUUUCUGGAUUAUUUCAAUGCAUUCCUGUCUCUCCCUGUAUUUCCACAACGCCUCACGUACAAUCGUUUGACUGGUGCCUUUGAAGAAUCUGAUAUAAAUGAAAGGUCAAUCCAUAGUAGUAGUACCCGUGGUAACAACAGUGAUGGUCUGCCCUAUGGACCAACAGACGAAGAAAGAGAGCGAUUGUUAGAAUGGGCAAGAACUGACAGACUGCCACUUUUCCUCAGCACUCAACUAUUCAGGGAAUUUAAAUUAUGUAAAUUAUUAUUACGUCCACUGGACGACCGAUACUCAGCAAGUCGUGGCUCUAGUCAACAAAUCCGAGGGUAUAGUCGGCAGUCAGAAAGUUAUGUUUCUAGUUUAAGUAACAGUGCUGAUAAUAGUGCUCAUGAUGAGAUUGACGAUGAUGACUUUGGCUUUGGAGAGGGACAGUAUCGUUACUCUGCACUGUUCCCUUACCAGAGACCAGGAAGUAGAGCAUAUAGUGUUCCAAACAGAAUUUAUUUAGGUUCAGAAACAACAUACAGAGGAAGUACCAAUACAGAAACACAACAUUCUCAGGAAAAGGCUAUAAUUAAAAGUGCUACACAUAGAAAGAAGAAACUGAAAGAUGGAAAGCCAAAUAGUGAAGCCAAAGAGGGUAAAGCCUCUGUGAAGUUUGAAAAUCCUGGAGAUGAUGUCAAAAAAUUACAGUUGAAACAAAAAAAAUAUACCUCAGAAGCAGAAGAAGCAUUUCUACGACAUGCAAGGGUUUUGUCGGCCCCUGUUAACUAUGAAGAUUAUAUGAGACACCCACUGUUCGGAGAUUUUGACUUCCUGUUUGGGGAAGAAGAACCUGAUCCAAAUGGUCAAGUUUAUGUCACAUUUGAGGAUGAACGAGGGAGUGAAGAACAGACUGAAACAGAUGUAAAGAACUUAGAAGGAAGGACAAGAAUGUCUCUUCAACAGCUUAAAGAACAGAUUUUGGGAACACAUGAAGGAAUGGAAGGUUUUAAAGAAUUCCUGAGUAACACAGCUGGUUAUGCAUUAUUAAAUUUCUGGCUGGACUGUGAAUAUUAUAAAGAUGCCAUGGAAAACUUUGAAGAUGAGAGCAGUAAUGAUAUUAGAAAUAGAUUAUUUAGGGACAUACAAGACAGAUAUAAAAUGAAUUUAACAAUUGAUGCCAAAAACAGUAUAGCCAAAGCAGCAAGUAAUGCUAAUCUAAGCCAUACAGUAUUUAUCCGAACUCAGUACGAUGUGCUAAGGCGACUGAGGGCAUACUGGGUACCAAGAUACCUCAUACAUGUUGAGAGGGAACUUAGCCUUAGCCCUUAUGCCAACAGAUUAGAAAUACCUAAACAAUCAGCGAAGACAUUUACUCCAUUUUUUCCUUCAAUCUCAUUGGUCAGUUCCAUGCCAGUGUUACCUGAUGAUGUCCUAACCUUUUCCAAAACGAAAAAUUGGGAGCAUCUUAGUCAGGGUGGUCGCAGACUCGAUUCCAGGAUAUCGUCUGCUAAAUUUAAGAUCGGACAAGCACCACCACCCACUUCACAGAGACGUGUACUUGCACAGUUGAGAUUUGGCUUAGAUAGGUUUCAGAUAGCACUGGCUACAGAUAAACUUGCAGGCGGACCCUUUCAACAUUUCUUAACAAUGCAAGAUAACAAACUUUUGUUGUCUAUGUUGCUGUUCUGGCAGAGUGUUACAGAAUAUGGUGCUGCAGAAGAGAGGUCAGCUGACAGAUUAUUACGCAUGUGCCAUGCCUGGACAAUUUACAAUAACCACAUAGCUCCAAACAGUUAUCAUUAUAUAGGUUUUUCUCCAUCAGAACAGGAUGAAAUUCACAAACAGUUACUUAACGCUACAGACUUUAUAGAGGCUUCAGUAUUUAACAGUGCUAAACAAUAUGCUAUGUCUAGGUUACAACAGGCCUGGAUUAGAUAUCUCAAAGAGGACCUUAAAGGAUUCUUAGAUGCCCAUGUAUUAGCUAGAGGGUUAUCUCCCCCUCCUACAGCAGAUGUGAUAGAAAUAACAGUAUUAAAUGACCAGUUAGUGAUAUCGAGACCUGACCCUUGGGUCAGAAGCAGAAAGGAUUCACCGUCUGUGUCAAACAUUUUAAGCAGAGUUCCAACCACUGAAUCACAGAGAGCCAAACGUUUAAAAGAUGCCUUUCAAGAUGAUAUUGAUUCAGAAAAGAGGGCUGAGCUUCGUAUGUUAGCUAGACUACGAAGAAAAGACAUGGAAAGAGAAAGGCGGAAAGCAAUUAGAAAUGCAUACAGGAGAGUUAGAGAGGCAAAGAAAAAGAAAGGGUCUGCUGAGAAAGAAGAAGGGGAAGAAGAACUUGAUGGAGACACAGAAAACAAAAGUCCUAAACCUCCACCACCAUUUUCUGAAAUGGUAGACAAUAGAAGCAUUAUGAAAGCAUUUAAGAAGCACUUACAAGAAGCAGAUGACAAGGAAAGAUUUUUUAUGAUCCAGUUAUUUCAUGAUGUUGAAAAAUAUUUAAGUUAUGGUGGCAGUAAAAGUGUGGCAAAAAAGAAAGAUGCUCAGGCUACUUUAAUUUAUAAAACUUAUGCAGAUUCUCAUGGGAAGAAGAAAAUAACAUUUAAUGAGAAACUUCAGUCCAAGUUUUCAGAGAGACCGAAAACACCAACAUUAAAAGAAAUGCAGCAUUAUAUUCUACCUAAAAUAGAUGAAGUUUUUAAACCUUAUAUUCAAGAUAAGGCAGCAGAAAAUGGUAUGGAACCAAGAGAAUUUCUAAAUCUAUCUCAAGCAGAGCUUUCACUUAGGCUGGAUACUAACUUAGCUGUGCCUAAUUGGAAGAAAGGCAGAAAAGGAAAGACAGAGGAAACUGAGGAAAGUCCAGAUAAAGAUAAAUCCCCUGAGGGACCCCCUGACAAGCCUCCUGAUGGGAAAGCCCCUAAAGACUGGAAAUUUGUACAAAGAAUGAGAGUGCCUCAGGAUAAACCAUGUAUGACUGUUGAUAUGUAUACUCAUGGCGAAUUACAAAAAAUGGGUGGUCGUAAAGUUAGAUUUGCUAAGGAAGCACAAGUUAAAACUGAGGAAUCAGAGGAUGAUAUAUGGGGCGAGGAUGAGUCGCCUGUUCCACGACGUCCACAAAAGGUGGAAUCACAUUCUCAGAUGACUGUUCGCAGGGUUGUACGGAAGUCGAAGACUGGUAGGGGUCAUCCAACGAAAGAGGAUAAAGAGGAGUUUAAUAAAGGAUUGAAACAGGCUGCUGCUGGAAACAUGACGCUACACAUGUUGUAUUUCUAUAAAUAUCUCCUAAAACACGGUGAAGAUGAUGGAAAAGAUAAAGACAAAGACUUUUUCUUCUACAUUGAAAGUCUUAAGUUUAAGGAAUGUAGUCAACCAUAUGCUGAUGAAGAAUUGUUAAGAAGAAAGGUUCAGUCUAUAUUAGAUUGUUUUCUAGAGUCAGCUAUCACACCUACUUUGCAGAUUGAUAUAUCAUCAGCUUGUCAUGAGAAAACACUUAAAGCAGCACAGAAAUACCUCGCUGGGAAGGAGGUUGUAGCAAGUAUAUUUGAUGAAGCUAUGGUACAAGUUUAUCCAGACCUACUUGGUUACUGGGCAGGAUUUAAAAAGACCUUUACACCUCCUGAAGAUCCAAACAAACGUCCAAUAACAAAAUAUCAAAAAUUACUGAAAUCGAGAUUAGAAAAAAUAGAUGGUUUCCAACUGCCAUCACAGAUAUUUCCUCUUCCUGCUAUACCAGAGGGCGCUAUACAGGCAUACAGUUUUUCUCUAGCAGAUGGAGUCAAAUGGAGGGAACUGUCUAAUAGUGAAGCAGGAAGCUUAAUGGGAAGUCCAACGGGAGACCAUUCCGAGGUUAAUACUGCAGUAUCUAUGCGCCGUCCAAGUAUUGUUGGCACUAGAGAAUCAUCUCGCAGUAAAAAACAGAAAACUAACACUCGUUUACAAUUACCUGGAAUUCAACCUACAACAGCUGGAGAGAGUAUAGCAUCUUCUGGAUUGUAGUAAAAAUUGUUAUAUUAUAGGAGAACUGUAAUAAUUUGUGAAAAAGUGUCCUUUAAACUUUAAUACAUGUAUUUUUUUAGUCUUUAAGUAAAGAAGCACUUUGGAGGGGGAAAAAGUUUUUUUAGAGAUCUAGGCCCACAUUUAAUCAAAUGUUUAAAGACAAAAAUCACAAUUUUUCUUUGAUUUAUACUUGGUCAUUUUCUUCCUUUUUAUGGUUUUGUUAACUAAAUAAACAAACAAGUGGAUUUGUGCAAAUCUGUUUUUGAAAAGCCUGUUAUACAAAAAAGUGUGCUCAGUAGACUUGGUAUUCAAUACAUAUAGCAUCCUGAAACAUGACGCAUUUUUUAAUUCACAUUUUAAAUAAAGUGAUGUUAUAGUAAGGUGAAAAUCGUGAUGAAAUGUGUCAGAGAAAAUUGAUGGUUUAAUAGAAACCCACAUAUAGCUACAUGAAACUCGAAACAUUUUUUAAUUCACAUUUUCCAUAAAGUGAUGUUAUAAUAAGGUGAAAAUCGUGAUGAAAUGUGGCAGAGAAAAUUGAUGGUUAUUAGAAACCUACAUAUAGCUACAUGAAACUCGAAACAUUUUUUAAUUCACAUUUUCCAUAAAGUGAUGUUAUAAUAAGGUGAAAAUUGUGAUGAAAUGUGGCAGAGAAAAUUGAUGGUUAUUAGAAACCUACAUAUAGCUUCAUGAAACUCGAAACAUUUUUUAAUUCACAUUUUCCAUAAAGUGAUGUUAUAGUAAGGUGAAAAUUGUGAUGAAAUGUGCUGGAGAAAAUUGAUGGUUAUUAGAGAUCUAUAGUAAUUAAACAGUAUCAUUGUAAAAAAGUAUUUGAAAUUGAUUGAGUUGAUAUUUUUUUUUUUACUGAAUUCUCAUAUUUAUUGCCAUAUUGAUGAAGCUAUUAUUGGAAUAUAUCUCCGACUUUAUUUUACAACUACUGGUACCUUUUUUUUCUAAGACUGUCAAGGAACAAUUCAAAGUUUAUUAGGCUUUAAUUUAGCAGUUUAUUGAAAAGUGAUCCUAUUUUCUUUAUAUAGAUACAAUACUUCUUCAUUAAAUUUAAUGUUUGAAAUCCUUUUAUAAGAUGAGGGCAGGUUAUUAACAUUUUUUAUUAGUUUUAUGACCUGUACCACUUGUGAUAUGAAACGACUGUGAUAUUUUUUUUUUUAUAUACAAUUGUGUUUUGUAUAACUGCUAAUUAUUUGUAUAAUGUUAUUGCUCAAAGCUGUAUGUUUGUAUAACAGAAGAUUGUUAAUUCUUAUUUCAAAUUUUAAAUAUCUGUUGGCUUCAUAUUAAAAAGUUAAAACUU